GCUCUGAACGACGUCAAGUCGCAUCUAGCCGACCUGGAAAAGGAAGGCGCUGCUCUCGACCAUGAUGUCGGCACCCGGCACCAGGAGCUGGCCAGCUUUGAGCGGGAUUUCGCGCAGACACAGGCACAUGCCAAAAGUGUUGACAAGACCUUCAAGCAGCUGCGGACCGAGCAUUGCAACGCGUGA